GAUUUGUUUUUUUUCUUUUACUUUGUCCAGACUUUAAUCGUUUUUAAAACAUAUUUAUUGUGUAAUUUUGCCGUUUUGAAGGUCUAAUUUUCCUAAAGAUCCAAAAAAUGAAAACUAUGUUUGUGAAAUCUGAGAACAUAAAUAAAAAUAAGAAAUUUAAAAAGCCCAAUAUAUUACGAAAGAAGACUGCCGUAUCUUUUGUUAAACCGAGCACAACACUGUCGUCUUCUCCAUUUAUAGAUGUAGGAAGACUUACCGAUGCUGCUGUUAAAAAUGCAGAGGAAUCAAAUCAAACCAUGGUUAAUAUUGAAGCUUUCUUUAAUGACACAUCUGGAAAGAAUGUGAUGCUGUAUGAUGUUGAUUAUGAACCUGGGACUCAGAUGGAAACUGUAAUGGUUGUAGAGAACAAGUCGCAAAUCAAUAAUAUGUAUAUAGAGGAGAACCAAGAACUUGUAACAAAUACAAUGCCUCUUUCAAGUAUAAAGAAUGGAAAUGAUGAAGCUAUAUGCACUGAAUUACCCCAAAAUAAUUACACAUUUUCUGCCACAGUAAGGAAGUACAAGUGUGAUGCACCUGAUUGCAAGAAAGAAUUCAGGAGUGAACAAAAAUUACAAAAACAUGUAAAAUUACAUAACGAAGAUGGCAGCAUUAAACCAGCUCGACAAGUCACUGUUGAAUGUCCAGUGAAAAAGAUUGCACCAGAUGGAACAGAAGUUUCUUGUGGAAGAAUAUUUUUGGUUAGAGAUUUGUUGCUUAAACAUUUAAGUGAUGAUCACACAUCUGAAGACGCAAGUUAUAAGUGCGAGGAGUGCGACCGUCGGUUCUUCUGGGCGUCCGGUGUGCGUGCGCACGCGCGUUCCCACUCGCACGCGGCCGAUCCGAUGUUGGUGUGCGGGUGGAGCGGCUGCGGGCGCGUGUUCCGGCAGCCGUGCCGCCUGCGCGAGCACGCGCGCGCGCACACCGGCGACCGGCCCUACCACUGCACCUACCCGGACUGCGGUGGGUCAUUCCGUUCGGCUAGCAAGCUGGAGAGGCACUCGCGUCGUCAUACCGGUGAAAGACGCCACAGAUGCAGCGAGUGCUCGCGCGCCUUCCUCCGCCGUGACCAUCUGCGCGACCAUCACGCCCGACAUCACGCGCAACGACAAAAAGCACAUUACUGUACCAAGCCUGGUUGCGAGCGAACAUUCAAUAGCAUCAAUACCCUGUUCAUGCACUGGAAGAAAGAUCACAAGAGUGCAGAUGCCUCAGAAACGGCUAGCACUGAGUCGGUCGCUCUACCGAAGCAAAAAGAGGAGGACAGUACCUUUCUGGUCGAUCUAGUUUCGGAAUCGGCUUUGGUGUCUGAGUCGGCGGAUACGUCGUUGUCCGUGGAGUGUGUGAUAGAGGGGAGCGUCAUGGAUGGCGGAGAGGAUGGCGGAGGGGAUGGCGGAGAGGAUGGAGAGUGGCGGGCGGCGAGGACGCACUGCACGUGGCCGCUGCCGCGCGUCGUCGCCGCCACCGCCACCGCCACCGCCACCCUCACCGAUACUUGCCCCGCGCGUGACGUCACUAUAGACGACGACUACACGGUGGAACAACAAUCUGAAAACUCUGAGAGCAAUAUAUAUACAGUAAGAAGCGAUCUCUUCCUCCAUGGCAACGUGAUGAUAAAUGACGAUAGCGAACAGUCGAGUAGCGCUGUGGGUGUAACGAAUGAUCCGUUGGACGCAGAUCUAGGUAUUCUCGACGCUCACCCUACAGGUGAUCUUAUGCAGGAGGAGUUGAUGUAUACAGACGUCGCCACCGACGAGUCUUCCUUCAGAAUAUUCUUGCUCAGCGGUGAGGAACUUACUUAAUUCGUACACAACACUCAAAUGUAGCAUGCACAAAACCGUUCGAGAAAUUCAUCAAGAUUAUAUACUUAAAAUAACCUGUGCCAAAUAUUUAUGAUGUAGUAAAUUCUGUUUAUUUUUUAUAUUAUCAUUAUGAUUUAUUUUUAAAUAACGCGACGGCCGCGCAUUGCUGUGGUCCAAUAUAUGUUUCAAGUGUUCCAUUUUUGUAAAAUCUUUUUCAGUGUAUCCAUAGGACUUACAAGGUAUUAAGUAAGUGUUAUUGUACCUAUUGAUGUACGUUCCUCUAAGUCUUAAGCGGCGUUACGCGGAGAGUGUGACUUUCUUUCUUUACAAUAUUUAAAUUAUAGAAUCUAAGAAACCGUUGAAUUUUUGUGGUAAGCGGAUUUAAUAAUUAUCAAGGUCGUUGAUGAUACAAUUCUGACGUUCCGUGAGUGCAUUAACGAGGAACUUAAUCCAUGUCUAUUAUUGGUUCGAUAACAGGUAUUAAACUCUAGUUAGUACAUCAUCAGAAUGCUGUUAAGCUAGAUGUUAGUGAAACCGGUGUAAGUACCUUGGAAAAUUUAUCUCAUACUUUUUUGUAGGAAAUAUUUGAGAAACUUGGAUAACUCCUAGUGGAAAAUCAAUUGAUCUUAAUAUUUUAUAUUUAACGUGUAAUCCAUAUCACAUUGUAAUGUUUAAAUUGUUUGACUGAAAAGACAGCCAUUAUGCCGAAGGGACGUUUGUGUUGUUGGUGUUAGGAGAAAUCUUUUCUUUUUUUAUAUAUUGGGAUAUGAAAUUAAAUGAAGUU